AUGAUUUCCUCCAAGGCCACCUCGGCAGCGCGAGCAUGCGCUCGCACUUCGCGAGUGAUGCAACAGCAGCAACGACGAUUGCUUGCUACUGUUGUUUCGUCCUCUUCGCUCUUCCCUGGCGAGCCUUCGUCACCGCACGUUGUCACCUCACAGAUUCCAGGCCCCAAGUCGAAGGAACUCAGCGACCGUAUCGGCACGUUCCAGGAGAAUCGGACGCACGGCUUUGUGGUCGACUAUGCCAAAUCGCAGGGCAACUGGAUCGCUGAUGCGGACGGUAACGUGCUCCUCGACAUGUUUGCUCAGAUCGCCUCGAUUGCCAUUGGCUACAACAACCCAGACCUCCUCGCGCUCGCCAAGACCGACGAGUUUAUCACUGCCACCAUGAACCGUGCAGCUCUGGGCUCCUUCCCUCCUACUAACUGGCAGGAGCUCGUCGAAACCAGCUUCGGCACCGUUAAGCCAGACGGUCUCAACAACAUCUUUACGGCCAUGUGCGGCAGCUGUGCCAAUGAGAAUGCCUUUAAAGCCUCAUUCAUGGCCUACCGAGCUCGCGAGAGGGGAGAGAAGGCUGAGUUCACGCCUGAAGAGAUGUCCAGUUGCAUGAAGAAUCAAUCGCCCGGAUCGCCUGAUCUUUCGAUUCUCAGUUUCACGAGCGCCUUCCACGGUCGACUGUUUGGCUCGCUCUCGGCAACACGUUCCAAAGCUAUUCACAAACUCGACAUCCCUUCGUUCAACUGGCCCGUUGUCGAAUGGCCUGAUGUCAAGUAUCCCUUCGCGCAAAACUCUCGUGAGAACGCCGAAGCCGAAAAGGUGGCACUUGCUGCUGUAGAAGAGGCCAUCGUCAGUUCUAAGAAGACCGGUUCCUCUUAUGGCCCGGUCGCCGCACUCAUCGUCGAGCCCAUCCAGUCGGAAGGUGGAGACAACCAUGCUUCGCCUGCCUUCUUCCAAGGUCUGCGUGAUGUCACCAAGAAGCACGGCGUUUUUAUGAUUGUCGACGAGGUCCAAACCGGUGUCGGAGCUACGGGUGCCUUCUGGGCGCACAGCAAGUGGAACCUCACCAGCCCGCCAGACUUUGUCACCUUUUCCAAAAAGAUGCAGGCGGCCGGUUUCUACCAUAACAUUGAAACGCGACCUUCUCUGCCGUACCGAAACUACAACACCUGGAUGGGUGACCCAGCGCGAACCCUGCAGGCUCGACAGAUUAUCCGCACCAUCCAAGACCACAACUUGAUCCAAAAGACCGACAAAGUGGGCAACUACAUCUACGAAAAGCUCUUCGACCUUAUCGAGAACGGCGCUGGCAGGGGCAAGAUCGAGAAGCUACGCGGUGAAAACGCCGGCACUUUCCUCGCGUUUGACGGCAGAACCGCGAAAGUGAGGGAUCAGCUGAUCAUGGAGAUGAGGAAGCUCGGUGUUCACAUGGGUGGUUGCGGUGACAAGGCACUCAGGUUGAGGCCCAUGCUCGUGUUUGAGCAGAAGCAUGCCGACAUCUUCCUGGACAAGCUUGAGACGGCUUUGGGCCAGCUCUAG